AUGGAUGAGGAAGAACUUUCUUUCAUACCCCACAGCAAAUCUUACGUGUGGAAGCCCCCAAUAAAAUUGUCUGAUUGCUCGUCUGAAUACCUCCAAAAUUGUCCUGUUGACUACAGUCUUCUGGAAAACCCCUUUAACUCCAAACCAGAAGUGUAUGAUCCGAAAAAGGAAGCAAAAUUAUGGCAAGGAUUGGGUAUAUUAACAACUAAUACUAGUGAGAUCGAUAGUGAAAAGCCGCCGAGUGAGAACCCUUAUUACUUAACAUCAGUACCUGCUCUCCACAGUAAGCGGGAAUUGAAACGAAUUCGACGGAAAUCGAUAGUACUCAGUUUGUUUUACUCGGUCACUUUAGCACAACUUUCUAGAUUCCCAGCCAUAAGACUACUAGCUUCAUCUGUCUGCAAACUACUUAUCAACAACAACAGCCUUUACAAUACACAAGGUCGUAUUAUCUAUACGAUUAAAUUGUUUUUUAUUGGGAUGUCGUUAUCUAGCAACUUAUUAAUGAAACCGGUGGCUUCAUCGAGUGUCGAGCCUCGUUCUCGUAGUAAAGUGACUGUUAUAGGUGUUGGAAUGGUUGGAAUGGCGGCAGCAUUCUCGACUAUGCAAAUAACUGGAGAACUUGCACUCAUUGAUGUCGUAGCAGAUAAAGUUAAAGGAGAAGUUUUUGACCUACAACAUGGUCAACAGUUUUUUGGCAGGUGCAAAAUUGAUGGAGGAACAGACUACAAAUACUCUGCAAACUCAGACAUUGUCGUCAUCACUGCUGGUGCCAGACAAAACGAAGGAGAAUCACGACUGAACCUUGUUCAGCGUAAUGUCGAUAUAUUCAAGAAAAUAAUACCAAAUAUUGUCAAAUACAGUCCGAAAUGCAUCAUAGUUGUUGUGUCGAACCCUGUGGACAUUUUGACAUAUGUUGCUCGAAAAUUGAGUGGAUUUGAACCCCAUAGAGUGAUUGGGACCGGAACAAUGCUUGACUCUGCGAGGUUCCGUUUUCUGUUAGGUGAGAAAUUGGGAGUGUCUGCCAAUUCUGUACAUGGAUAUGUAAUUGGUGAGCAUGGUGACUCGAGUGUUGCUGUUUGGAGUAAUGUGAAUGUUGCUGGAGUUCGGCUUUCCUCUCUAAAUCCGAAGAUAGGAUGCAAGGGUGAUCCUGAGAACUUCGAAGAAAUACAUAAACAAGUUGUCCAGAGUGCCUAUGACAUUAUUCGCUUGAAAGGUUAUACCUCAUGGGCAAUCGGGUUGACCUGUCGAUCACUUUGUAACGCACUAUUAAAUAAUCUUCACACAAUUUAUCCACUCUCUGUUCCUGUCAAAGGAAUCCAUGGAAUCAACGAAGAUGUUUAUUUGAGUUUACCAUGUCUUGUUACUUCAGCUGGAAUCAGUCAUUUGAUCCCACUUGAACUUAAUGAUGAUGAAUUGUGUAAACUGAGAAAAAGUGCUGCCACUCUGAAUGAAGUGAUACAGGGAAUUAUUUGGUGA